AUGCGUUUGAAUUUCUCAAAGCUGCUGUUUCUCGCAUGUCUCCCACUUCUCGAAGCUGGGAUUAUCCCCCAAGCCGUCUCGGUGAGACAGCCUACAGAUAUUCAAAGGGUUGAUGGAAGUCCUGCGUCGCGAAGCCGCGAAUUUUGGAGGUCUCCUAGGAAUACUGAGAAAGUUGACCUGGGUACACACAUAGGAGUCCUGAAGAAUCGGGGCGGCGGCACCGGCGGCCGUGUUAGCCACCCUGUCGUUGAGGGUCGGCCGAAGCCGUUUGAGGACGGCAGUCCAGGCAGAGCGGGUGCAGGUACCCUUGACAUUCCGGUAGGAGGGAAAAACGCCCCCGACAGUGCAGGCCUCGGGCGCAUCCAAGAACCAAAGGCACAACCCCGUCCGGAGCCACGGGUUACAGGGGACUGGGGCUAUUUUCAUUCGGCGGGAAAAGAAACAAAAAUCUGGGCGGACAAAGUAUUAGAAACCAAGCAAAAAGAUGUUGCCACAAAAUCAUAUGAAAAUAUGUAUGACCUGACGGUGGCUGACAGGAAAUUUAUUAUAAAUUCUGAUGUCGCAGACCUCAUUGGAAUCGAGAGAAAAUUCGACCUUAGGCUCCAUACAUUGCGGAAUAAGAAGGAUUUUGGUAAUAGCUACGAGGAUGGUUUUCACAAAGACGGGAAAUUCAUCAUGGCAACGGCUAUUUAUAAGGGUAGCAAUACCAAAGUUCAGAAAGUGAAUUGGGGUGAUGCUGUAUGGCCGUCGUGGAAAAGUGUCGCCGGAGACAAGACGGGGGACCUACGUUGGGUUAUACAGGAUAGUAUCGCCAACGUGGACACUCGAGAGAUCAUAAGAUCAGCGCACGGCAAGGUGGGCUAUGAUCGGCAACAACCGGGUGCGAGAUUCUUUUAUGAGGGUGCCGAUGACACGAUGAAAGAGGCCUUUCUGGCUUUGUCGGGGACUGACAACGUUCGAGGUACAUGGCGACUUACCGCCAACCAUCGUGAAGCGCUCGGUGACAAGACUGUGGUGAAUAUCUACUCCUUUCCAAAAGGCCCGGAUCUCGUUAUGGAAUUGGGCCAAGCACCAAAAGUGACACCGCCACAAAAGAGGGCAACGAUAUCGCCUGGGACCACUACGCUUCCUCUCCGAACGGACCAGCGGUACAGAGUCUUCCACAGAGGUAGAUCUUUGCUUCCGGAAUUGGAUGCUUACUAG